AUGCAUUUCUCUAUUAGCUCUUUAAUUCUUCUUAUCAAUGGGCUUCAGAUUUUAAUUGGACUCUUUUUCAAUGGAUUUAUUGUGAUGAUAAAUUGCAUUUGGUGGCUGCUAUCUAAAAAGCUACAAACAAUUGAUAUUAUUAUAGCAAGCUUGGGACUAGCUAGAUUUUGUCUUCUAUUUGAUGAAAUGUUGGAUCUCUUUUUAAAAAUUUUCAUACCUUGGAAAUCAGAAUCAAAUACUUUACUGGUCACUUUACUGAAGACAAUCUCAUGUUUUUUAAUCAGCUGCUGUAUCUGGUUUGCCACUCUGCUCUGUGUUUUCUAUUGUGUGAAGAUCACCAGCUAUAACUACAGAUUAUUCAUCUACAUGAAACUAAACAUAUCUAGGAUGUUACCCUGGUUGUAUUUAGUGUCUGUAACAGCUUCAGUUAUUUUUAGUGUUCCCUCUGCGUUCUUCUGCCUACCAUUACUUACAUUCAAUUCUACAAAUGAUUUUGAAAAUUCAAGUGAGGAUCAUAGCGACAUGGAAAUGCAUUACCAAGUAGAAAUCAUCAUACAAACGAUAUCAUCUGUUUUACCAUUACCCAUAUUUUGUUUUGCAAUUUCUCUUCUGAUUAGAUCCCUUUGGAAUCACACCAGACAUAUGACCAGCAAGGACUCAGGAUUCCGUAAUCCUCAGCUUCAGGCUCAUUUUAGUGCAAUUAAAAAUAUGUUGUCUUUUUUAUUUUUCCAUAUCAUAUAUUUCAUAUCUAUAAUCUUAUGGCCACUUGCCAGUCAUACAAAUAAUGACAUUUGGCUAGCAUUACUCUCUGUUCCUUAUAUUGCCUAUCCAAGCCUGCACACAAUUAUUUUGAUUUUCAGCAACAUUAAACUGAAACAGACUCUUGUGAGUAUAACAUAUUGCUGCCAUAAAAAUAACACAUGA